AUGAGUUUUAAUAGCAAUAAAAUAGGUGUUUGUGCUACCACUUCAAAUAAUUCGAAACAAGACAAAGCUUUAACUAUUGAAUCAAGAAUACUAUCUGAAAGAAAUCGGAAAAGUAAAAUAAUUCGACUAUUGUUGGCGAUAAUUACAAGUAUUUUGUUAAUGGGAGGUAUUACAAUUCCUUUACUUAUUAUUCGCAAGCUCAAAUUGGACCCAUCAACACUAUUACCAUUGACAAAUCUAACAACAAUAAAUAACGCUCGUCGAGGCAGACUCGCUCAACCCUCAACUGAAUGCAUAUACUGA